AUGAAGUUUCCGUCGAUGCUCUCUUCUUUCGAACAGGAGAGCACUCCUGAAAAAACGAACAAAUUGAGACUGUCGCGCGGCGUCGUCAUCGUGUCCGCCGUAUGGAUCGCGUUCACGGUCGCGAUCGCGGCGUGCGUGAACCCGAAGCUCUUAGCCCCUGUGAACGGAGCGGUGAGCUUCUCCGCUCGACUCGCGCGGAAGCUCGCGGACGGAACCAUCGACUCGGAGUUCAUCCUUCCCGCGAUGUUUUGCAUCGUCGCGCUCCUCGCGCUCAGGUUCUUCAUGCAACCCAUCGCGAAGCGACUGUUCUUUUGGUGGACGGACAGCACGUCCGAGAAGGCGUGGAACGCGUCCGCGCUGCACUGGGUGUUCGACAACGUGUACGGCCCGCUCGAGGUGUCGUUGGUCGCCGUCGCGGCGUUGAGGUUUUUAGAAGCCGGCGUGAAGGGCGCGGGUUGGGUGCACGCCGCGCUGUUCGGCUCCGUCGUGGAGAAGCUCGUGGCGUGCGCGCUCGUCGUCGCGUUCUCGCGCGUCGUCAUGAGCUGGCAAGAGCGGUUCUUCUCGCAGAAAGCGUUCGAGCUCGAGCUCGAGGGGAAGGAACUCCAGGCGGAUCGCUUGGUCGGCGUGUCGAAACUGUCGAAACUCGCGACGUCGCUCGUCGUCGUCGCGCUCGGUCUGAAAGUCUUGGGCGUGGACAUCGGCGCGCUCGUGACGUUCGGUGGGAUCUCCGGUCUCGCCAUCGGUCUCGCGGGCAGGCAGAUCCUCGAGAACGCGUUCAUGGGUUUGAUGUUGUACGCGACGUCGCCGUUCAUGCCCGGGGAUGAGAUUAAAUUUUCGACGAAUCAAGAGAGGGACAUACAAGGGUUCAUCAUCGACAUCGGGCUGUUCCGGACCUCGAUCCGGUCGUUACACCGCGAGAUGUACUACAUCCCAAACUCGCUGUUCUCGACGCUGUCCGUGCUGAACAUCACGCGCCGCGGGAAGGAAUUCCGCAUCAAGCACGAGGUGAAGGUGCGCCUGGCGGACACCUCGCGCGUCGCGAGCGCGUUGACCAACUUCCGCGCGCUCUUGAAAUCCGACCCGCGCGUGAUGCGGUCGCUGCAUCGGCGCGUGUUCAUCUCGGAGAUAACCCCCGAAGGGCUGACGAUCAUGAUGAGUUUCUUCGUCGAGGCGGUGAACAAAGACCAGUUUUACGCGACGCAGCAGGAUUUUCUUCAAAAGUUUUUGGAGACGUGCAAGAAGAACAACGUCAGACUCGCCGCGCCGACGCGCGCGUUCACGCAGGUGGUCGACGAGGAAGGACCGCUCGUGUUCUCCACGCAAAAAGAGAAGGACAUGGAGCUCGCCGGUACCGUGGAUAUAAACACGACGACCGACGAAGCGGACGAGGUGGCGCCGUCGUCCAAGAGCGCCAACGAGGCGAAACCGCCCGCCGGCGGGUUGACCGCCGCGCUCGCGGACAUGUUCCUCGGGGAGAAGGUGAUAAAGGAGGAGGGCGUCGUCGAGGAGGAGGAGAACCUGCGGAGGAAGACGGAGAAGCGCUUGGAAGAGAAACGAGCGCUGAAGGAGGCGGAGAAGCUGCUGAAGGCGAAGGCCAAGGAGAAGGAGAGGGCGGAGAAGGAGAAGGAGAGCGCCCGAAAGGCGUGA